AUGGCUUGCGACCCAGACGACCUGUCUCCGAACCCACUGUUUGUUUGGUUGAAGCUCACUUGUGAAGCAGCACCAUAUGGCGAUCUCUUCCGUCUUCUUCAUUGCACGCUUCCCUUCGAAUCUUGGCCGUGGCAAGCAAUGCGCCGUGCAUACGCUAGUUGGUUGACUGCAUCAGGCUCGCCCCGUGAUGCUUUGGAAGCUGGGUCCUGCGGCAUCGUGGGCUCGGGUGUCGUAUAUGGCAACGUUCUCAUACCUCGGGCUAAUGAGCGUUACACGGCGACAACAUCAUGCAUGCUUACCGGUGGCAUUUGUCACGGCCUUGGUUGUUCUAUCUCGCUGAUCAACAGCUUGCACCCCUUCACAUCCGCUAGUGGUGACCCAGGACUAUCUCUCAGCCAGAAAGCUAUGGCCUUGGAGUCUAUCAAAGAGACUAUCGGUGCCUGGGAAGUUGUCCUUGUUGCUCGGUUUCGGGACGUGACGCGCCCUGAUGCAAGCUCUUUACGCGCUUACCCUGGACGCGUCAUGCGAGUAUAG